CGCGCGGGCUCCGAGGGUUCAUGCUUAUGCCGUUGCUUGCUCCCCGGCCAUCGUGUCCCUGCUCACCCACCUCACGCGGCAGUUCUUCGACGACGAGGUGGAGGCCCAGCUGGAGGAGGCCGCGCGCUUCACCCGGCGCCGGGGCAUGUCGCUGGAGUUGCAGAAGAGGGUGGAGCACAACCUGCGCUACCAGAUCGGCGUGGAGCGCAGCCUGAUGAGGCCCGAGUUGUUCGCGCGCCUGUCCCCCGCGAUCCAGAGGGAGCUGUCCCUGGAGCUGCUGCGCAGCACGGUGCUGAGGUUCCCGCUCUUCCGCGACGUCCAGCACUCCUUCAUCGCCGAGCUGGCGCAGGUGCACACUUUCGUCUCCUGCCUGCCCGGCGACCUCGUCGUGGACGAGGGGCAACUCAUGCAGGAGGUCGUGUUCGUCCUCCGGGGCCGCCUCCUCGUGCGCUGCUCCCAGGACGCCGACGACAGCCUCCUCGACGCCGGCGACCCCGCCGACGCCCCCAGCAGAGGGGACCUGAGGGAGGUGGACCUCAUGGCCGGCGCGUGGUUCGGGGAGGCGUCCCUCUUCUUCGCGGACCGCGUGCGCACCGCCGCCGCCGGCGCGGUGGCCGACUCCGAGCUGGCGGUGCUCGGCGCCAGCGCGUACCACAAGGUGGUGUGCAAGUUCCCCAGGCUCCUCCGUCGGCACCGCAGCAUCGAGCAGGCGUUGCACAGCGGCGCCCUCGCGCUGAAGGAGUUGGCCUACAGGCCGCCCAAGCCGCAGGCCAGCCCGCGCAACUGGUGCGACUUCCUCCCCGCGCUCGCGGAGCCCGGCCGCGCGCGGCGCCGCAGCACCCGCCCCUCUGAGGC